UCUGCAAAUAACCUGACUUGUGAUUGUAAGGACUGAGGUAGAUCAUUUAUGUAUAAUAGGAAUAAGAGCGGGCCAAGGACUGAGCCUUGAGGGACACCUGAUGUGACAGGUACUUCAUCGGAUUUCAUUCCGUCCACGAGUACUGACUGCGUUCUGCCAAUCAGGAAGGACCUUAUCCAUGUGAUAACCUGUUUGUUAACGCCGCACUCUUGUAGUUUAUAAAGUAACUUUAGGUGACUGACCUUGUCAAAUGCUUUACUGAAAUCAAGUAAAAUGAGAUCUGUUUGUUUACCUCGACUUAAAUUUUGUGCUAGGUCAUCAAUUAGUUGUAUUAAUUGUGUUUCACAUGACCUUUUUUCUCUGAAUCCAUGUUGCAGAUCAUACAAGAUGUCAUUCUUGUUAAAGUGGAUUGAGAGAUUUGAUGCUAUGAUGUGUUCCAGUGAUUUACAUAGAAUGCAUGUUAGUGAGGAGUUACCAUAUACAGACACACGAAUAGGUUUACAAGCUACAUGGGGCUUAGGCAAUCAGCUGUUCCUCUACUCUGGAAAAACUCCACAUCUAGCUGAAGGUGGAGAACAAACUGUUGGAGUCGGGGGUGGGGCUCAAAUACAUGAUGUAAGAUGGGAGACAGACAUGCAUGGUCCAAUUACUCGUAAACUUGUCAAUGAAACUCACAAUGUAUUUGUAACACUACAGGAACAAGCACAGGAAGCCUCAGGAAAAGGGCUAAAACCUCUACUGGUGAAAGCCAGCAAGCAGUACAGAAGUGUCUUGAAAGCUUGCAGUCUUGAUGUUUUCAACAAGUCUAAUUCAACCAGAGAUGAACAGAUACAAGCAGAAUGUGAGGAACAGCUAAAAAUAUUAAAUAUGACAGAACUGAUCUGGAGUUUGUGUGAAAUAUUGUGGAUUGAUGUAGCACCAGGAGGUAUAGUGAUAUCACAGUUGUUGGAGUGGUUGCGAUGGCAUUUUACAGAGGGAGAGAACCUGUAUUCUGAGAUACAGAGAGAAGAAUUCCAGGAGGAACAUCAUGAAUACUGGGAUUGUAUAUAUCGUUUGGUGUUACAAGGCCAGAUUGAUAAAGUGCGGUAUCUUCUUUCCAAAAAUGUGUCAUUCCAAACAGAUGCUUUCCAGAGCAUUGAUGAAGUAUUGAGAAAGAUGCCAUUGUUUAGUCAAUUAUUUCGAGGCAAUUCAGUGUCAGAGUUUGACAUGAAAUGGCGGCACUGGAAGGACGAUUGUGAGAGAAGAUUGGAAGCUGGAGAAUUUGCUGCCUGUGAUAAUCUUGUCAUCAUAGCUGGGAUUCUGUGUGGAGAUGACUCUGUGUUUUCCCAGUUGAGAGAUCUGUGUGAAACUUGGUACCAUAUGCUAGUAUCUAAAAUGUUAUACCAGAGACCAACUGUAAAAUCAAUAGAUCUCCAUUACCAUGUUCAGUCGUGUAUGGAUGAGUUUCGUAGUGAUGGCAGAGUUAGUGAAACAGACAGCAUAUUGUUGUCAGCACUUGAGUUUGACAUACAUCAAGUCAUUAAAGACUGCAGUGCUGUGUUAAGCGGCUGGUGGUUUGUCGCACAUCUGACAGAUAUUCUACAUCAUUGUGGUCAACUAGAAUCUCAUAGACUAGAGUUUGGUUCAAAUCUGAGAGAAUAUUUACUUCUACAUUAUGCCACUAGUCUGAUGUCUCACAGAAGUCUGUGGCAGGUUGGUGUUGACUACCUGGACUUCUGUCCUGAAUUUGGCAGACAGUACUUGGAACACUUUAUAGAGAAAAUUCCCAUAGAUACAGAAAAAAAGGCGAACAAAGUUUUAUAUAUAUGUGAGAAAAGGAAUAUGCCUGAACAGGUAAAAAGUAUAUGUAAAGUGAUGGGCAUGAGAUGUAUCAAGAAUAAAAGAUUAGGAGCAGCACUGUCUUGGUUCCUUAGAUCAAAGGAUGUGGCAUUUGCUACAUUAAUAGCUGAAAAAUUUCUCUCAGAGUACAAUGAACAAGGAUUUUUCUCCAACCUUGACCUCAUAGAUAAUCUAGGACCAAGCAUGCUGAUCAGCAGUCGGCUGACAUUCCUCGGCAAGUACAGAGAGUACCACAGACUGUAUGAACAGAAGGAGCUAUAUGCCGCUGGAUCCUUGUUGUUGUCACUGCUCACAUCAAGGCUCGCGCCCAGAGAGUUUUGGAUAACAUUGUUGAAAGAUGCAAUCACACUUCUGGAGGCAAAAGAGUGUAUUUAUGGAAGUAAAGAGACGUUUGAGUUGAUGCAUUGUCUUGAAGAGUUGACGAAGGAUAGACAAUAUCUCAGUCCAGAUAGUGAUACCGAUGAUUUGUCAGAUUUAAAGGAAACUAUAGACCUACUCAAUUUAGCUUUAACGAGAAAUCUGGCACGCUCAAUUGUUAUGGAAGGAUGUAUAAAACCAUCAUAAUGGAGUUUCUGUGAAUAAAACUUGGUAAAACAACUGGAUUCAUAACAGAUGAUUGUUACAUUCUGUUAUGUACACACCUAGAAAAUGGAAGAAGUGGAGUUUUUUUCCAGGUGUAAAAAAUUGGAUUGUACAUUUGGUUCUGUACAGGCCUAGAAAACAAGAAAAAUACUGGAGUUUUUUUCCAGGUGUGAAAAAUGGAUUGUACAUUUUUUCUGCACUGCCCUAGAAAAUAGAAGUAUGCUGGAGUUUUCUCCAGGUGUUAAAAAAUGUUUGGAAAUUAUGUACAAGUGGUACAAAAAGGUUACUGCUAGUAAUGUGAACUGGAGGUUUAAUCCCAGUAAUGCUGGCAGAGUAAUGAACAGUGUCAGGUGUUGUUCAAUUUUAUGAAUAGAAAUGAUGUUCUAAAAAUAAAAUUGUACAAACAAUAAUUCAUGACCGGGUAACUGUUGGAUUUUUUUAUUACAUUGUGUUCAACAAGUAAUGGAGGAUAUUCUAUGAAGUAUCAAAAGAGGAAAGACCAAAAGUAAAGUUACAUGGAAAACAAUCGCUUGAGAUGUUGGUUGGUAAAUGUGAACUAACCUAGUGAAAUAUUUCGUUGGAAUUUAUGUGGCAUGUCCUUGCACUGGACCAUAGGUACAUUUACAGACUGCUUCGUGCUUUUAAUGCAACAUGUUUUCAUUACAGGUUAAUCUAGGAAGGCUGUUUUAUGAGAAACAGUUGUACAACAGAAUUUGAUUAAUUUGGUCUAUUUUGAUGCGUCUAAGUCUUAUACUUGUUAUACAAGGUCAUGAAUAAACUCGUAUUUUUGGUGAA